AUGGAAAUUCCCAGGUGCUUCCUGCCCUUGGAAGUGCAAGAAAAGUCCAACGACCGUCCUCCUCUUGCUGAAGGAAGCAAAAACACAUUGAAGUUGGCGGAAGGAAGCAGGGAGCAUCACACAGAAAAGCUGCUACAGGUGAAGUUGAUAGCAACGGACCAUCCUCACCUAUAUACACCAGAGCCCUUUAAGGUUGCUUACGGAAAAGCUGGCCAGUACCGGAGAUUUCAGCAACCCAGAAAGAGAAAUGGCUCAUUCAAAAGGAAAGGGAUUGAAAGAUGGCAUAGAGCUGUGUCUACCAACUUAGUAAAACAAAAUGUAUUGGUCCCCAAAGAGGAAUCAUCCAAUGAGAGUGACAUGGAAUUUCAUGAAAGCCAGCAAAAUCAGAAAAGAGAUUUGGUCAAGAAAGUGAAGACUUUUUUGGGGAGGAUGCUGUCACACAAGUACAGAAGCAAGCCAGCAAGUGUCAGCGGAGAGGGCUCCACUAACCAUAAGGAAACCCUCCUUUCAAAUACGCAGAGCCCUCUUCCUAGAAUUGUCAAGGAGCUUCCAUCGCCCAAGUUAUUUACCGAACCAAGAAUGAGAAAGUUCUCACAGGAUGCAACUAUACAACUUGAAGUUGUAGAAGCAGAGACAGAGGAGAUAACCCAAGGAAAUACACUCCUCCGAGCCAGGAGAACCACCAAGCAGUUAUCUGUGACAUCCCUUCCCUCAGGACUGCAGAAGGUUCCGUAUUCCUCAAAAAAGAGACCACACUUUCCAGCAUUUAAAAAAAAGAAACAUAGCACGGAAAACAUCCUCCGAAAAUCAGAUUUGACAGUAGUAAAGCUUCAAAUGCAGGUGGAUGACCUCAUAGAAACAGUGACAGAUAAAUCCAUGAAGCUAUUGGCCCAAAGACAUGCUGAGCUUCAACAGUGUGAGUUUCUAGGGGAUGAAAUCCUUCAGUCUUCCAAGCAGUUCCAGAGGAUAUCCAAGAGAACCAUGAGGAAGUAUAAAUUGAAAAACGUGUGUUUCCCAUGUACUUGGUGCUGCUUCUGA